CUGAAGGCCGGCAGGCGGCAGACAUUUCUUUACAAGAAAAGCAGGCACGGAUGGCUUGUUAAGAAAAUAACAAGUUUCAAGUGUUUCAUGUGGUGGAGCAUGGAACUCAUGAGGGAGAUGUUUUGUGAUUAAGACAUUUUCUUUGAAUCUAUUAGUUGCAAUCCCAAUUUUAGUAAGAGAAUGUCAGAAACCGAAGUGUUAAAAAACAUGGUGAUGAGCUUUCGUGUAUCUGAAUUAACGAUGUUAUUGAGUUUUGCUGGCCGUAGUCGUUCAGGUCGAAAAACGGAAUUGCAGAUGCGAGCUCUUGAACUAAUCAAACUAAGAUCGUCUCCAAUCAACGCCAAAGUACGUGAACUGUAUCGUUCUAUUCAACAGCAAACAGUGGCAAUGGGACAAAGUGCUGCUGAAACUACACCUCCUUACAUUGGUGCCUCUACACGAUCAAGUUCUUCUCUGUCCCCAUCGAAAUCCAGCAAUUAUUCAGAUAUGGAGAGAGCUGCCCUUCAAGGAAGAAACCCUUACAUUCAUACGAGUAGUGUACCUUACUCAACUGGUUACACUUCGAAACAAGCCAUAUCUGCUAGUGCUUCUCAACCUUCAUUUCCUGUUCAUCCUGAUGUACGUCUGAAGAAGUUACCAUUUUUUGAUUCAAUAGCAGAACUGCUCCGACCUUCCAGCUUGGUACCAACUGGUAAUUCCAGAUAUCAUGACACAAAUUUUGUCUUUCAUCUUACACCUCAACAAGCAACAGACAUUGCAAGUUCACGAGAUGCCAGACCUGGUUCCAAAAUAGACUUUUUAAAUCAAAUUCAGAUGAGGUUUUGUCUUUUGGAGACAUCCUGUGAACAAGAAGACAACUUUCCAUCCAACUUGUCAGUCAAAGUAAAUGGCAAACUUGUGACUUUGCCUAAUCCUAUUCCAACCAACAAACCAGGGGUAGAACCGAAGCGACCUCCCAGACCUGUAAACAUAACUUCACUUUGUAGGCUAUCGCCCACUGUGGCAAAUCAAAUCAAUGUCACAUGGUCGUCGGAUAUCGGAGGAAGAGGAUACGUCUUGGCCGUUUAUGUUGUUCGGCGUCUUGCCUCCACUGAUCUUCUUCAGCGAUUACGAACUAAAGGUGUAAGGGCAGCCGAAUAUACUCGCGGUCUCAUCAGAGAUAAACUGGAAGAUGCCGAUGCCGAAAUUGCCACAACAUCCCUCAAAGUAUCUCUUGUGUGUCCGCUGGGGAAAAUGCGAAUGCAGCUGCCUUGCCGAGCAAGAUCCUGCUCCCAUCUUCAGUGUUUCGAUGCUUCUCUUUUCCUUCAGAUGAACGAACGAAAGCCCACCUGGGUUUGCCCUGUCUGUGACAAACCCAUUCUCUACGAUCAACUGGCAAUUGAUGGCUAUUUCUCCGACAUACUUAACUCUCCUCUUCUUCCCGUCGAUAUUAUGGAAGUUCAGCUCAACGUAGAUGGAACGUGGACCGUGCUAACAACUAAAAAAGAAACAAAGAAAAAUGAAAAUGCAGAUAGCUCUGUUAACCUGGACGUUGUCGAGGAAUUGCCAUCAAAUCCAACGAAUCCAAAAGUGGAGACUAUUGAUGAAGGGGAUUUGGAACUAGUUUGUGAAGGUCCACCACCCAAGAAAAAAGCUCCUAUGGUUGUCGACCUGACACUAAGUAGUGACAGUGAAGAGGACAGUGAUACUUUAAUGAGCAUCAAGGAACGUAUGCUUAGUCGCCAACGCAGCUCAGGCAGCCAGUCAAGUUGCCCCGCCGAUUCCGCCGACGAAAGCACAACUGUUACUAAUGCACCUGUUAACCUAAGCAGCAAUGUGAACACGGUAACUGGCAGCAGUAACAGCAGUUUGAGUUCCUCUACGUCGAAUACCUCCGCUAGACCAGCUCAAAGCUUUGAAUCCGCGUCAGGAGUAAGCAGUCCACACGCAUAUAGCUAUAUGGCCGGCAGCAGUUAUGGAAGUCCUACUUACUUUCCAUUCAGUUCGUCAACAACUAACGGGCAAAAUCCAUACGGACCGUAUUCUAGUUACAUGUCCUAUCCAUACGGAGGUAUGUUUAAUGAUGCUUCAAAUGAACUACACACUAUAUUAGGGGAUGGACUAAAUGGACGUCCGCUUCCGAGCGCUGCAUCUCAGCAUCAACCAUCAAAUAGCUCUACUCCACCCAGCAGAAAUAAUUAUAGACGAUCGCAGUCUCCACCUGAUGUUAUAUCACUCGACUAAUUGACUCAGACUGCGAACAAAAAAAAAGAGCCUGUGCUGUCAACUUUUCAGUUGUUUUAUUGUCUAUUUAAAGAAAUGUGUAUUGCAUAACUGUGUAACCAAAAGAUCAAUCUUGAUGAAUGUCUAGUUCAAAAUACAACUUUUUUUUAUCAUA